CACCCGGCGAGUCAACCCCCCCCACACGAGCAUUUGCACAAGCAGGUGGAGCGCUGAACGGCGAGAUCGACGUCGGUGCGAGGGAGCGCGAGAGCGAGCGAGCGAGAGAAGAUGAGACCGACGCCGAUGGAUUACUUCGCGGAGCUUGAGGACCAGGGGGCGACGGUGGCCAUGGACGUGGACGACGUCGACCCGCUCGAGAUCUUCGGCGAGGGCGUCCUCUCCGUCGACAACAAGCUCGCCGACGCCGACUUCUUCAACUCCUUCGAGGACGACUUCGACGACUCCGACAUCAACUGAUUCGAUCCGAUCCCAUCAGUCAUCAUCGCUCUCCAUCUCACCACCCACCUCCCCUCCCAUCCUCCGCGCGGCUUCGCGUCUUUCCGUCCUAGGUUUCCAGUUGUCGGUGUGAUGGGAUUGCUGUUAAUCACUUCCUCAGUAUAGAGACAUAUAAAUAUAUAUUCAGAAAUUGACUGUUUGUUUGCGUAUUGCUAUAUCGAUCAUAUGGUUCUCGGCCCUUUGAUGAA